AUGACGCCCCUCCUCGAGCCCACUUUGGAUGCGAACAAGACAUCAUCGCCGUCGCCAUCGGCCUACGAAUUACCUCUCGAAGUCCAAAUAAUCAUCUCCGGCACCUUCAUCUGGUGGCUUUCUGGCCUCUUUCUGACCAUGAGCAUUGGGGGCAUUCGCCGCUACGUCAUCCGCCUUCUCGACCGCCAGAUCCGCAUGGCGGGCGUUCGCCACCCUGUUGCCCAGGCGUCCAUGCAGGUGUAUGGUUUUGCCACCCUGGCUCUCGCGUGGCCGGUCCUGGUGUGUGCCCACGUCUGCACCGAUGAGCUUCGUAAUGGCGACGGGGACGACGAGGACGAUGGCGAGGAAUUGCAAGACUUUUCGUGUGGAAUUCGGGUGGGCAGUCAACAUGGAGAAUCCGAAUAUGUCAAACACCAAUGGUUGAUCCGAGCUCAUGGGCAAACAAAGGCCAAAAGCCCCUAUGUGGUGUAG